AAGGCCUAAUCGACAAUUUAGGGUUUCCAUUUGCGCUCGCUCGUAUUUUUCCGCUCGGAGCUCGCCGACCCUCGGAAGGGGCGACCGAAGAGAACACAGCCGCACAAUGGGGAAGGGUACAGGAAGCUUCGGUAAGCGGAGGAACAAGACCCACACCCUGUGCGUUAGGUGCGGGCGGAGGAGCUUUCAUCUCCAGAAGAGCCGCUGCGGCUCCUGUGGCUACCCUGCUGCUCGGAUCCGCAAGUACAACUGGAGUGUGAAGGCAAUAAGGAGAAAGACAACGGGUACAGGAAGGAUGAGAUAUCUUCGACAUGUGCCUCGAAGGUUCAGGAGUAAUUUUAGAGAAGGGACUGAAGCAACUCCAAGGAAGAAGUCUGCAUCCGCUGCAGUUUGAAGGGCAGAGAGCAUGUCUUUUCAGUUGGCAUCAUUGAAACGUGUUUUUGACCGGUUAUAUUGUUUCUCGCAUGUCUGAAUUCGUGUCAGAAAUCUACUGUUGAAGUGAAAGAUUCUGUCCUUUCGAUAACAUGCUUUGAUUGGAAAACGCUGUUGUGCGAAUCCACUGCAGUAAGCUUCAAUAACAUUAUUGUUCUGAUACUGUACUCCUUCCCGUUGCUAGAGAGAGGGACUACAGUCGUGCCU